CCACAGGUGGCGCUGGGCUCCCCGUUUUCUCUCCCUUUCAACCUCAAGUCUUCCUACUCUCAUCUCUCACCCCCUUGACAACAUCAAGAGUUGCAUAAUUGGCAUUUUCCCCUUGCAUUUUAGACAAGACGCGCGCCUCUCACCUGUUCAUUUCCCUCGGUUUGCUUUCUACAAACUUCGCACGGCCUAGACCGAGCUCACGUCCUCUUCAUUCUUUUGUUGUGUCUUUCUCUUAUUUUCCUUCACGUUCUUUACCCUUUGCGCUGCAUGAUCUCGAAAGUUCGGCCGUCCUAGAAAAUCUUCCAUCGCCUCUCCACAGGGGACCCACUGUCCCAUUCAAGAGUGACGAACAACGGCCCUUGGCGAAAAUAAACUACCAAGUCAGCCCAACUCAGCCCGACUUAUCUUCGAUGCUGCACAGCUCUUCAACGCAAACAAGAUAGCACCUGACAGCCUCUGGUCAAGAUGACUGUCUUCAUUGCCUCCUUGUUUCUACCCAAAACUGUCCACUUUACCCUCCCAGGUACUCCUGUCAGGAACCCGAAACUUCUUCCCGAGGCCCCCAAGGUCAAGAAGUCCCGACCUACCGUUCAGAGAACCCCUACUCUGUUCCCUGGCAACCAGGACGACAUCACUCCUCCAGAUACCCCCGUCGAAGACAAGCCACCAGGUGACAUCUUCACCAACGAGGACGGUUUCCGAAUUCACUACCCCCCUAGUACCAAGGAGGAUGAGUCUUUUGGUUCUCACAAAGCCACGCCCGGCUACCAGGGCUCCCCAGUGUGGGGCAGGCGAAGCGAUCAACCAGCCUCCCGCGCGCACACCCCUCCGCCGUCCUCCGUCCUCGAACACAACAAGGAGCUGAAAGCCAAGGCACAGGAACUCGGACGUCAGGGAAUAGUGCAGCCUCGGGCAAUCUUCCGCAGCGACAGCCACGACAGGGUUUUUGCCCAAGCCGACUGGAAGAUUGUGAAUGCCGAUCAGGGCAAUGGUGGCCUGCGUCAUGCUGCAGAGGCUGCCGCUCGGGAAGGCAAGAUUGAUCAGGUCACCUGGGUCGGCUCGCUGGGCAUGCCGACGGACGCCCUCGAGGGAACCUCGCAGAAACAGGACAUUGAGAACCGUCUGGCCACUGAGUACGACAUGCUUACCGUCUUCUGCAGCGACAAGGAUUUCGACGGCCACUAUUCACACUUCUGCAAGCAGAUUCUCUGGCCUGUUUUCCACUACCAGCUGCCUGACAACCCCAAGAGCAAGGCCUACGAGGACCACUCAUAUAAGCACUAUGUGAAUGUGAACCGUGCCUUUGCCGAUAAGAUUAUCAGGAAUUGGAAGAAGGGUGAUGUCAUCUGGAUUCAUGACUACCACCUGCUUCUGCUCCCUGGCAUGAUCCGGCAGAAACUACCCGAGGCUGAAAUUGGCUUCUUCCUGCACGUUGCUUUCCCGUCGUCCGAGGUCUUCCGGUGCCUGGCCGUCCGCAAGGAGCUUCUGGAAGGCAUGCUGGGCGCCAAUUUGAUCGGUUUCCAGAUCCACGAGUAUACACGGCACUUCCUGCAGACCUGCAGUCGUAUUCUGAACGCCGAGGCGAAUCCGGAUGGCCUGCAGCUGGACGACCGCUUCGUCGAUGUCAUCAACCUGCCUAUUGGCAUUGAUCCAGUGCAGCUGAACGAGCACCGGAAUGAUCCGCAGGUGCGGAAGUGGCUCAACGUGCUGCGGGAGCGCUACGCCGGCAAGAAGCUGAUCGUCGCUCGGGACAAGCUGGACCACGUCCGAGGCGUUCGACAGAAGCUCCUGUCGUAUGAGCUCUUCCUGAACAUGCACCCCGAGUGGCGUGGCAACGUGAUUCUCAUCCAGGUUGCCCUGUCGUCGAGCGAGAAGUCGGAGCUGGAUGCGACAGUGAGUGAUAUUGUUACUCGCAUCAACUCAUCUUACGCAAAUCUCGCCUACCAGCCGGUCGUCUACCUCAAGCAGGACAUCGACUACGCACAGUACCUGGCUCUUUUGACGAUCGCCGACGCUCUGAUGAUAACAUCACAACGUGAGGGCAUGAACCUGACAUCUCACGAGUACCUCUAUUGCCAGGAUGGAGAGUUCCUGAGCGAAAAGAAACAUGGCUCGCUGAUUCUGUCCGAGUUCACCGGGACGGCCUCCCUGUUUGGUGGCAACGAGCUUUCUGUGAAUCCAUGGGACUACAGAGCUUGUGCCAACGCCAUCAGCAAAGCCCUGGAGAUGGGUAACACCGAGAAGGAAGAGCGGUGGACCAAGCUGCACGAGUGCGUCUUGCAGCACACGGGCUCACACUGGUUUACAGAGCUCAUGGUACGUCUGGAUCGCGCGCAUAACGAGCAGCACCGGCAUGACCAGACCUCUGUCCCACGUCUCAACCUAAAUACUCUCACUCGGCGGUAUAAGGACAGCGACCGACGACUUUUCAUCCUGGACUACGAAAACACUCUGGUCAACUGGGGACCGGUCAACCAGAUCAUCCCGUCCAGCCCUCAGUCUAAGACUAUCAAGCUCGAGGCAUUCCUGGCCGGCGCUGCGCGUCUCAACCCCAUGGCUAACGACAUAACGACGCAGCGCACUCUGGAUGUCCUGAAUGAAUUGCUCUCGGAUGAACGCAACACUGUCUAUGUCAUGUCUGGACGACGACCUGAGGAGCUGGACCGCCUCUUCCGCCGUGUGCCUAACCUGGGCCUCAUUGCCGAGAACGGCUGUUUCCUCAAGGACUGCGGCAGUGAUGCCUGGACUGAGAUGGCCGACCCGGAGCACAUCAGGGCGUGGAAAGAGUCUGUCAAGGGCAUACUCAACUACUACCUGGAGCGCACGCCGGGCGCCGAAAUCGAGGAGCGCCGCUGCAGCCUCAUUUUUCACUAUAAGAGCGCCGAGAACUGGGAGCACGCCGUCAGCCAGGCCAGCGACUGUGCUUCGCACAUCAACGACGCCUGCGAGAAGCAGCGUGUGCACGCCAUUCCAACCGAUGGGUCGAUAAUAGUAGAGCCCGUGGAUUGGACCAAGAGCACGGCUGCCGAGAAGAUCUUUGAGGACCUGCAGACCCGACUGCCUGCCGACGAGACGCACAACAGCAGUGUGGACUUCCUCAUGGUUAUCGGCGACGGGAGGGACGACGAGAAGGUGUUCAGGUGGGCGAACACGCUUGGCGAGGAGAAGGUGAUCAAGGAGGUUAUCACCGUCAGCCUGGGCAACAGGAACACCGAGGCUUCGUCUACUAUGACGCAGGGCGUGAGCGGUGUUCUCAUGGUCCUGCAGAAGCUGGCCUCGUCCUCGAGCGGGUGAGCGAGCACUGCCGCCCACCUAACAGGUCUCCAGCCUCGAAAGGGAGAGACUGACAUGGUUGUCGCCGGGAGCGAGCGAUGGCUACCAACCACGAAAUGAAAACAAAGGAACGAACGGGAGGACAAGAACACGUUGCAUUGAGGGCAAGGGUCCUGGAGGGCCCAUCCGUGACGUCUCUGCAGUUUCCAUUCCCUUUUGCAAAAGACUCUUUUGGGUCGCGAGACCAAUACGUGGCGUUUGUACCCUCUUAUUCCCUUGAUCGUGGACGGCCUUGCCGCCUUACUGGUAUGAUCUCGUUUCCUUUGGACUGUGAUCAUUUUUGCAGUCCUGUCUCGGCAUGUCUCGGUGGUGGGCUUGUGUCCGACCUGUUUCCAUCCCUCUUUAUUACCUACUACUUCGGUCCUUGUUUCUUUCGCACAACUUACUGUAUUCUUCUGGCGUUCACGAGCGUGCCGUUCUGCAUUGUUGAGUUUCUCUUGUCCCCUCCCCCCUUUCUCUUUUUUUUCUUUCUUUCCUUUUUUCCCUUCCCCUUUGUAAGUGGUUGAAUGACACAAGAGAAUGUACCAAGGAUGGGCUCGGAAAGGGGUGUUAUUUGGAAUCGGACUGGGUAGGGGGGCAGAGAAAAAUAGACAAGAUUGGGACCGUCACCACUCCUGCAUAUGAGCACAAGCAUAGACUGUGUACCAACCACCCUUUUAUACAUGAUAUCGCAAAACCAAAGUUCCCUGGAAUGAACCGUGAGAGACAAGCUGGGAGACACCCUGUUGUGGUCGUUAUGUGUGCUGUUAUUUUUUCGUGGUUGUUAAACGAGCAUAAGCAAGUCAGUGUGCACCUGAGGCCGCCUGCCUGCCUGUUUCCUGGCAACUGGCAGCCUUGUUCCUCCAAAGCCGAAGGGGGCAGAGAGGAAGAUGAUUGCUUCCUACGUGUAACGUUGCUGUGGCGUUUGAUAAUGAGGACGGUUGAGCAGGAAUGAUGUGUGUGGCCUGAUCUACUACAGUGCAAAUCGUUCCUUCGUUCC